AUGAAUCGAGAACUUGUAGACAAAUUAAUACAGUCAUAUAGUGAUUAUGACAAGCUAGUAUCUGGGUUGUACAGACUAAAUACAAUUGACGAAAACGAAAUCACUAAAAUCUACGAAGAUAUCAAAAAAAUUUUAAUUGAAUCUAAAAUAAACUCUCCAUCACAGGUGAUAAUAUUACUUGAAACAGCAGCAACAUAUAAUAAUCGAUAUUUACGAUCAUAUUGGAAUAUUUGCAAAAAGAUUUUUGAAGAAUUCCAUCCAUCCUUCAUCAAUGUUUCUGCUACUUUUGAUUACUUCUUUUACAAGGAAUAUCAAAUUGUUUUUAGAGAAAGUCAUAGAAAAAAAUUCAAGGAAUUUGAAUCCAAAGGAUAUUCUUUGGAUCUUCAUGGAGAAAACUCUAUUUACAGAGCUAUCAUGAAUAACGAUCUACAGUCACUUAUACCAUUAACAGAAAUGGAUGGAUUUAAUAUAGAUCAAACACUCAAAUGCGAAUUUUAUCCAAAAACAAAAGAAGGAUCUUCAUUUCUGGAAUUAUGCUGUUAUCACGGAUCAGCAGAUUGUUUUAAGUAUUUUAGAUCAAAAUUCAACUCUGAAAUCACGGAACAGUGUUUACGAUUUUCAUUUUUAGGUGGAAAUUCUGUAAUAAUGAUCGAAUGUUUGAAAUAUAUAGUUCCUGAUGAAAAAUGUAUGGAUUAUGCAAUUAUUUCACAUAAUAUUGAUUUUGUGACAUAUUUAAUGAAUGUAAAAGAGUUGGGAAUAUAUCAUUAUAUGUGCGGAUUUCACAGGAAUAUCCAUUUGUUCUUUAUGUGCUUGAGUCAAGAAAAAAAUUUGCAAAGAUCAUUAGUUUGCUCUAUAUAUUUCAAUAUUUUGCCUCUCUGUCAACUUCUUAUUUCAAACGGUGCAAAUAUUGCUGAACAAGUUGAUGGAUUAUCUGCUCUUCAUAUUGCUGCAGAAAAUAAUUGUAAGGAAAUUACAGAGUUUAUUAUUAAAAAUGGAGUUGAUGUUAAUGUGAAAAAUUCAGUUAAUGCAACGCCCCUUCAUUUUGCAGCAUAUUAUAAUAGUAUAGAUGCUGCAGAAAUUUUAAUCGCAAAUGGAGCAGAUAUUGAAGUUCGAGAUGUUGAUGGAAAAACUCCACUCCACGUUGCUGCCGAAAACAAUAGUGCCGAAACUUUAUUGCUUCUUAUUGACCAUGGCGCAAAUAUAAAUGUAAAAGAUGUUUUGGAACAAACAGCACUUUUAUACGCAGCACAAAAUUAUAGUAUAGAUUCAGCAAAAAUUCUUCUUGAGCAUAAAGCUGAUAUAAACAUUCAAGAUUCUAAUGGCUCUGCUGCUAUUCAUUAUGCGUCAUAUAGUGAUAGUACAGAAAUGUUAUCACUUCUUUUAUCAAAUGGAGCUGACAUAAAUCUAAAAGAUAAUAAUGGAAUGACUCCACUUACCUAUGCGAUUCCUGCCAAUAAAAAGGACGUUUUCGAAUUUCUUGUUUCUCAUGGAGCUGAUAUCAAAACGAAAUAUGUAGAUGGUGGUACAAUUCUUCAUCAUGUAGCAAGAGUUAAUUCUUUAGAAAUAGCAGAAUUUCUUAUUUCACAAGGCGCCGAUUUCAAUGAAGUAGAUAAUAGUGGAGAAAGUAUUCUUCAUAUUGCAGCAUUUUCAAAUAGCCUUGAAAUGACAAAGUAUAUAAUUUCAUUAGGGGUUGAUAUAAACUCAAGAAACAUCAAUAAAGAAACACCUCUACAUUACGCCACAAAAUCUGAUAGUAAAGAAGUCAUGGAAUUCCUGAUUACAAAUGGUGCAGAUCUUAAUGCUCAAGAUAUUGAUGGAAGAACUCCUCUUCAUUACGCAGUUUUGAGAAAUAAUUCCACUACACUAGAGCUUCUUAUUUCUCAUGGUGCAACAAUUGAUUCGAAAGAUAAUAAUGGUCAAACUGCACUCCAUAAUGCAGCGUAUGAUGGGCGUUCAAUUCAAAUUGUACAGAUUUUAGUUUCACAUGGUAUAGAUAUUAAUGCAAAAGAUAAAAAUCAGGAAACUGCCCUUCAAAUAGCAAGGAAUAAUGAAAAUACACAGAUGGCAGCCUUUCUUGUUGCUAAAGGUGCCAAAUAG